GUGCUUAAAUACCCGUAAGCCGUGGACCGAAAAUAUCUGAUCGUCACCCUUCUUUUCUUCCUUCCCAAAGUGCUGAGGAUUUCUCCAAGAUAUGGUGAGGUCUGCCACCACAACUGGACUACUUCUCCGGCUUGUAGGGGUAUUAGGUGCAACAUGCGCUCAACGCGUCACCAUUACCCCACCUAACCCCCCUCCUACCGAGGAAGAAAGGCGUAGGGUAUCUGUGGUAGAGAAGAAGGCAGUUGGCAUCAUGAAGUUCACGAUGCAGUUUUCUUAUAUGUUCGCCGGCGUCGCUGAAAUAGCUCUGAUCGUCGUGCGACUUACCGCACGGAUGGCGGAAAGCACGUUACUCGCCAGUACGUGUGUCGAAAAACUCGAGCUUACCCCCCUCGCAUUUCUUGGGUGCGUCCUGGCUGGCAUCGGGAUGUACAUUCGUAUAUCGUGCUACCGGACACUUGGACGACUAUUCACGUUCGAGUUCGCAAUUCUUCCAAAUCACAAACUGGUCACGUCUGGCCCAUAUGCCCUCGUGCGGCACCCCUCAUACACGGGCGCUAUGUUCUCACUUGCUGGAAUUACGCUCGUCUACGGCACGCAAGGGUCCAUGAUGUACCAUUGCCCUAUUGGAUAUAAACUGUGGGCACCGUUCUGGAGUGCCUUAGUGAUCGUCUCGUGCAUAAUGAUGGGGGAGAGGUGUCUUCGCGAGGACCGCGCACUACACACGACUUUUGGAAGAGAUUGGGAAGAGUGGAGCCAGCGAGUGAGGUGGAGGAUGAUUCCAUGGGUCUUUUGAACGUGAAUUUUGCAAGAGGGUUGACCCUCGAUUGAUACCCGAGUAUACGAUAUGCCCUCAUUAAUUAAUAGCCACCCAUGUAUACGGAUAUAUCGUCUACUACCCUCACCACCAGAGCGAGCGCUGUACGUCAAGCAGUA